ACGUUAUCUGUAUCAUCAUCUUGUUGACCUUCCUUCCACCGUAACCACACGCGCCCCGAUCAAAUCUCUGCAAUUCCAUUUCUCAAAACCCUAACCCUAAUCCUAAUGGCUUCCAUAUCUCUUCUCCUCGUAGCUCAAGUAAUGCCAUACUUAGAACAAGAACUCAACAAACGCUACAACCUUCUCCGCGUAUGGGACUUCCCCCAAAAAUCUCACCUCUUAUCCCAACACGGCGCGUCGAUCCGUGCGGUGGUCGGAAACUCAAAUGCCGGCGCCGAUUCCGAACUCAUCGAUGCACUACCGAAAUUGGAGAUUGUUUCGAGCUUCAGCGUUGGGGUUGAUAAGAUUGAUCUUAAUAAGUGUAAGGAGAAAGGGAUUCGUGUUACGAAUACACCUGAUGUUUUGACUGAUGACGUGGCUGAUUUGGCUAUUGGUUUGAUUCUUACGCUUCUUAGGAGGAUUUGUGAGUGUGAUCGGUAUGUUAGAAGUGGGAAUUGGAAGUAUGGUGACUAUAAGUUGACUACUAAGUUCUCUGGUAAAACCGUUGGCAUUAUUGGGCUGGGAAGGAUUGGGGCAGCAAUUGCUAAGAGAGCUGAAGGUUUUAAUUGUUCAAUAUGCUACUAUUCUAGAACUCAAAAGCAGGAAUCAAAAUACAAGUUCUAUCCAAGUGUUGUUGAGUUAGCAUCCAACUGCGAUAUACUAGUUGUUGCAUGUCCUCUUACCGAGGAAACCCAUCACAUCAUCAACCGGGAGGUCAUUAAUGCACUUGGUCCGAAGGGUUUUCUAAUUAACAUCGGCCGAGGUAAGCAUGUUGAUGAGCCAGAGCUGGUCUCUGCAUUGGUUGAAGGUCGUUUGGGUGGAGCCGGACUGGAUGUGUUUGAAAACGAGCCUCAUGUUCCUGAAGAGCUAUUUGGGCUGGACAAUGUUGUCUUGUUGCCGCAUGUUGGAAGCGGAACAGUAGAAACUCGAACUGCCAUGGCUGAUCUUGUUCUUGGAAACCUGGAGGCUCAUUUCCUUGGAAACCCACUGUUAACUCCCUUGGUUUAAGCUAUGUGCCCCUAUCAAACUAUCCCAUAAGAUUCAUUGGCCAUUGACCUAGAAAAUUAGAUGGAAUGGCCUCCAUUGUGUUACAAAAUCAAUUAAUGAUUCUUGUAUAUGGAAUUGGUGAUUGUGGGAGCUUCAAAUGCUGCUUCAACAAUUGUUGUAAAGAAUAAGUCAGUUCGUCUUUAAUCGUGUGACAUCUUAAUUAUCUGAUUAUCAGUUGAGAUUUUGGCUGAACUUUAGCCAUGAAAUAGCUUAUGUUAUCAUGUUUGGCUUAAA